AUGAAAGAGACUGAGAUUAGCAUAGAAAACUUUGCAUAUGCGAAAAUGUUUAUGCAUGGUUUGAAAAACUCCUAUGAUGACGUAUGCGGGAUACUGAUUGGAAAAUAUUACGACGUCGAAAAGAAGAAACAGAAAUGUGUUAUUACUGAUAGUAUUCCCUUGUUCCAUACCCACAUACUGAGCCCCUUCCUGAAUUUGGCCUUCACCUUGGUGGAAAACCACUACAAAGGCAAAGAAGAAAGGAUCCUCGGGUACUACCACAUAAGCACGGAGGACUCAAAAAAUGAGGACAUACAAAGCAUAAAAGUUUGUGAGCUAAUAGCCAACAAAUUGGUGAAGAAUUAUAGCGAUGCCAUCAUAUGCCUAGUUCAGUUGUCCAAGUUGGAGCGUGAUGAUGCCAACUGCUUAAACGUGUUCAUGCAGGACGAUGCCACGGAGGAAUGGAAAAAUUGUGACGUGAAAGUAACACGAAAUAAUAAGGACUUCCUGAAAAUGAGCCUUUCGAACAAUAAAUACCUGAACCUACACGAUUUCGACGACCAUCUGAAUUGUAUUAACCACGAUUUUAUGAAUCCAAAUUUGUUUAAUAAUAUUCAAGAAGGGGUAUAA